CGCCCUUGGGGCGAAGGCUUGUGGGCGUGUCAGCGUGGCGGCGGCGGGCCAAUGGCAGCGCGCGUCUCUCGGGGCCAAUGGGAGGCGGCGGCUCUGCGGGGCGGAGGAGGCCGGAGCGGCGGCCGGGCCGGCGGGGAGCGGGGCCCGGCCUGUGCUUGGAGCUCGCGACACCUCAGCUGGGAGAAACCACCCUUCCCGAGACCGAAAUUGGGGUGAAAUCAGGAAGAUUCGUCCCCCGCGGCGGCGGCCGUUUGCCCCCGUCGCUUCCUUCGCCGUGUCGCCGUGUCGGGCUGAUCCCGUCCCCCCCUGCCCCGGGUGGGAGACAAAGGCACCAGGUCCUUCUCCUGGCAUCGAUACGGCUGGUUUUGAGGUGAUACCGGCCGCCUUUGGAGAUCGGCGCCGAGUUAUGCUUCAUCUGACGGCGAGUCGGGGCGUCUUCGGGGGGCCGUCGCCAUGUCUCUGUGCCAAUGCGCGGUGAAGCACAGCGAGUCGGACGCCGAAGGCUGCUGUUUCUCGGCCGGCGGCGGUUUGAAGGUCUGCCUGCACUGGAGCGGCGAGGAGGAACGCGAGCGGUGCCGCGUCUACGCCCGCGGCGCGCUCAGCGCCGAGGAGAUCUGCAUCGACCUCGCGCGGAGGAUCGGCAUCACCCCGCUGUGCUACAGCCUCUUCGCCCUCUACGACACCCAGAGCCGAGUCUGGUUCCCGCCCAACCACGUCUUCAAAAUCGGCAAAGACACCAACCUCAACCUGCUUUUCCGCAUGAGGUACUACUUUCGGAACUGGCACGGAAUGAACGACAAGGAACCGGCGGUUUAUCGCAACGUGCCCCGACAGAGCGACUCCCCCGACGACAAGCUGCAAGGAGGAGCCUUGCUCGACAAAUCGUCCUUCGAGUAUCUGUUCGAGCAGGGAAAAUUUGAAUUCAUCAAUGACGUCGCCUCUUUGAAAGACCUCCACAGCGAACAGGAGAUCCAGAGGUUCAAGAACGAAAGCCUGGGCAUGGCCGUGCUUCACCUCUCGCACAUCGCCAUCAAAAAAGGCAUCUCUCUUGAGGAAGUGGCCAGAAAAUACAGCUUCAAGGAUUGCAUCCCGCGCUCCUUCUACCGCCAGAUCCAGCAGAACAACUACCUGACCAAAUUCCGCAUGAAAAACGUCUUCAAGAAGUUUGUGCAGCGUUUCCAGCGGCACACGGUCAGCGCCGGCAAGCUGACGGUGCAGGAUGUCAUGUACAAAUACCUGGCUACCUUGGAGCACCUCGCCCCUCGCUUCGGGUGCGAGGUCUUCCCCGCGCUCUCCUUGGAGACCUCCUCCGAGGGCGAGAAGGCGCAGCUCUACGUCAACGGGGGCCGUUCGCAGCCGGAGCACGGGCACGCGUUGCUCCCCAAGGACCGACCUGUCACCCACGAAGUCCUCGUCACCGGCACGAGCGGGAUCCAGUGGCGACCCGUGCCCGUAGAGAGCAUCGAAAGCUGCUCCCAUCGCGGAUAUUUUGGGAGGAAAAGCAGAAACAAAGAGCUGGAGCCCAAGGGGCCGGCUCAGGCGGCGGAGUGGAGCGAGCCGAAAUGGGUCCAUUUCUGCGAUUUCCGGGAGAUCACGCACAUCGUCAUCAAGGACUGCAGGGUCAGCAUCAACCGGCAGGACAACAAGUGCCUGGAGGUGGUUCUCCCGUCCUCGGAGAGCGCCCUCUCCUUGGUCUCGCUGGUGGAUGGUUAUUUCCGACUGACGGCUGACUCCAGCCACUACCUGUGCCACGAAGUGGCGCCGCCGCGUGUCGUGAUGAGCAUCUUGAACGGCAUCCACGGGCCCAUGCAGGAGGAGUUUGUUUUUGCCAAGCUGCGGCGAGAGGAGCAAGAGGAAGGGCUCUACAUCAUCCGCUGGAGCGUCCUUGACUUCAACAGGAUGAUUCUCUCCGUGGUGAAAAGGGGCCAGCAGCAGGCUCCUGGGGUUCAGGGACCCCUCAAGUACAGGCAAUUCCGCAUCCAAAAAAAAGGAAACUCUUUCAUGCUGGAAGGAUGGGACCGGGAAUUUUCCACUUUGCGGGAACUCUUGGAUGUUCUCAAGGGCUGCACCCUCAAGUCGGGCGAUGAAAGCUUCACGGUGAAGAGAUGCUGUCCGCCCAAACCGGGAGAGAUCUCAGACCUGCUGAUCACGCGGAAGGUGAAGGAUAGCGCCAAGCAGAUCCUGAACCUGACCCAGCUCAGCUUCCACCAGAUCCGCAAGAACGAGAUCACUCAGCGAGCCCACCUGGGGCAGGGCACCCGCACGAACAUCUACGACGGCGUGCUGAACGUCUGCGGGACGGCCGGGGCCGACGACGAAGCCGAGUAUUUCUCCACCGAGCAGAACAACAACAGCCGGGAGAUGCACGUGGUCCUCAAAGUCCUGGAUCCCAGCCACAGGGACAUCGCCCUGGCCUUUUUUGAGACGGCCAGCCUGAUGAGCCAAGUGUCGCACGUCCACUUGGCUUUCGUGCACGGGGUCUGCGUGCGAGGCUCCGAGAAUAUUAUGGUGGAGGAGUUCGUGGAACACGGACCUUUGGAUGUGCUGCUGCGGAAAGAGAAAGGCCGGGUCACCGUGGGCUGGAAAAUCACCGUGGCCAAGCAGUUGGCCAGUGCCUUGAGCUACCUGGAAGAUAAAAACCUGGUGCACGGCAACGUGUGCGCGAAAAACAUCCUGCUGGCCAGGAAGGGGCUGGAGGAUGGAUCUGUGCCUUUCGUGAAGCUCAGCGACCCCGGGGUCAGCUUUACGGUGCUCUCUCGAGAAGAACGCGUGGACCGGAUCCCCUGGAUCGCCCCGGAGUGCGUCCGGGAUGUGGGAAACCUCAGCACGGCGGCCGACAAAUGGAGCUUUGGCACCACGUUGCUGGAAAUCUGCUUCGACGCCGACGUCCCGCUGAAGGAGCGCACUCCUUCGGAGAAAGAGCGUUUUUACGAGAAAAAGCAUCGCCUGCCCGAGCCGUCGUGCAAGGAGCUGGCCACGCUCAUCUGUCAGUGCCUGAACUACACGCCGGUGGAGCGGCCGUCGUUCCGCACCAUCCUGCGGGACCUCACCCAGCUCCAGCCGCACAACCUCGUAGACGUCACCUCAGUGAACCCCGACUUCCCGGUGUCGGACCCCACCGUCUUUCAGAAACGUUACCUGAAAAAGAUUCGGGAGCUGGGGGAGGGUCACUUCGGCAAAGUGAGCCUGUAUUGCUACGACCCCACGAACGACGGCACGGGGGAAAUGGUGGCUGUGAAAUCGCUCAAAUCCGGCUGCAGCCAGCAGCUCCUGACCAGCUGGAAGAGGGAGAUCGAGAUCCUCAAGACACUUUAUCACGAAAACAUCGUCAAGUACAAGGGUUGCUGCAGCGAGCAGGGAGAGAAGAUCGUGCAGCUGAUCAUGGAGUACGUGCCCCUCGGCAGCCUGCGAGACUACCUGCCCAAGCACAACGUCAGCCUGGCCCACAUCCUGCUCUUCGCCCAGCAGAUCUGCGAGGGCAUGGCCUACCUGCACUCCCUCCACUACAUCCACAGGGACCUCGCCGCCCGCAACGUGCUGCUGGAGAACGAAAACGUGGUGAAAAUCGGGGAUUUUGGCUUAGCCAAAGCCAUCCCCGAGGGCCACGAGUAUUACCGCGUCUGCGAGGACGGCGACAGCCCCGUCUUCUGGUACGCCGUGGAGUGCCUCAAGGAGUGUAAGUUUUACUACGCCUCCGACGUCUGGUCCUUCGGGGUGACGCUCUACGAGCUCCUGACCCGCUGCGACUCCGGCCAGAGCCCUCCCGCGAAAUUCAUCGAGAUGAUCGGGGCGACGCAGGGGCAGAUGACGGUGCUGCGGCUGAUCGAGCUGCUGGACAGGGGGAAGAGGCUGCCGAGUCCCAAGGACUGUCCUUGCGAGAUCUACCGGCUGAUGAAGAACUGCUGGGAAGCGGAGGCUUCCUUCCGCCCGCCUUUCCACAACCUCGUCCCCAUCCUCAAGAACUUCCACGAGAAAUACAGGGCUCAGGCUCCCUCCGUCUUCAGCCUCUGCUGAGCCGCGAUGGCGGCGGGGGGGACGCAGCCGCGGCGGGGGGACGCAGCCCCAUGCCGCCGCUCUCUGUUUUAUCCCGGGCCGAAAACGCCACUGGGAAAGGAAACGGUCGGGCCGGUGAGGUGAGAGUGAGGAGGAGGAGGAGGAAGGAGGAGGAAGCUGCGCCAUGUCCCCUCCUCCUGCCGGAUCCGCGGGCGUUCGGUGCCGACCCUCGCCCUGCGGCAUGUCUCUCCCGCCGAACACUGUGAAUGACACUGGGGGGGGGGGGAGAGCAAAAAGAGGGGGCCUUACAGAGCCCCCACCCUCCCCCUUCCUCGCUCCCUCCUCUUCCUCGGGGACCUGCUGGACCCCCGCUGCGGGGGGCGGGGGUUGCCUUUGGGUGCCGGGAUUGAGGAUGCCCCCCCACCGCCCCCCGCCUCAAAGGAUUGGGGGUUCAGCAAAAGAAUGUGGCACUUUAUUGGGGUUCAGGGGCUCCUAAAAUAGGAGGGGGGGGAAGGGCCCCCCCCUCAUCCCGGCCCCCCCCCGUUGGCCCAGCCAUCACCCCAGGACUGGUUUUGGGGUGCUGCGGGGGGGGCUUGGAGGAAGAGGGGGCUGGGUGCCCCCCCAAACUGAAAGGGGAGGCUGUUUCCCUGCCCCUCCCCAUCCCCCUUAUUUAUUGCCUGCUGUCUGUGCCCCCCCGAGCGGUUUUGGGGGGCUGCAGGGUGGGGGGGGCCCCCCGUGCCCCCCCUCCCGGGUCAUCUCCCAAUAAAGGAUGGAACGGC